UAUAAAUAUAAUCGUAAAAUUUCAAAUCGUAUAUAUUUAAAUUUGACAGAACCGCGUUCUGUUAAUGCGCACAGCUCUGUUAACGCAAAAUUGAGAAAUCUGCUAUCGCGUUGAGGGUAAAAUGACGCGACGUAGCCUCGUGAAUGGCAAUGCUGCCGUAUGUAAUGGCGCGCGGUUGAUGCAGAUGCGUUGUGGCGGCAUUUAUACGAAAAUGCGUCGUACCGCCAAGCCAAAGGCAGCGCCGGCCAAAAAAGCCAAGGGCAAGUUGUAUGCUAUGCCGGAGAAGCUUAAAGAGGGCACCGUUCUCACAGAUCUGACCAAGGGACAGUGGCGCAUUGGUCCCUCGAUUGGAAUUGGCGGCUUCGGUGAAAUCUAUGCAGCGUGUCGCAACGGCGAAAAGAACUACGAUGCAGUGGUGAAAUGCGAGCCACAUGCCAAUGGGCCGCUGUUCGUCGAGAUGCACUUCUAUUUGCGGAAUGCAAAACAAGACGACAUCAAGAACUUCAAGCAGCAGCAUGGCCUCAAAUCUCUGGGUAUGCCCUACAUACUAGCCAACGGCUCUGCGGACAUAAAUGGUCAGAAGCAUCGGUUCAUAGUUAUGCCGCGAUACGGCAGCGACAUAUCAAAGUUCUAUGCGCAGAACGGCAAGCGCUUGCCCGAGGCUACCGUCUACCGACUAGCAAUUCAAAUGCUGGAUGUGUAUGAAUUUAUGCACGGCACCGGCUAUGUUCAUGCAGAUCUCAAGGCGGCUAACAUAUUGCUUGGCCUUGGUAAGGGCGGUAGUAGUCAGGCCUAUUUGGUGGACUUUGGGCUAGCUUCCCACUAUGUGACGGGGGAUUUCAAACCGGAUCCAAAGAAAAUGCAUAAUGGCACUAUUGAGUACACAUCGCGGGAUGCACAUUUGGGCGUAGCCACUCGGCGGGCCGAUCUUGAAAUACUCGGCUACAAUAUUAUUGAAUGGUUAGGAGUGGAGCUGCCCUGGAUCAGGGAAAAACUGCUGACAGUACCGCUGAAAGUUCAGAAGGCCAAGGAGGCAUUUAUGGCGGACGUAAACGCCGCACUAAAGCCCCUCUUUCCCAAAGGGGUGCCGGCACCCAUCUCUGACUACAUGAAAUACGUAUCUAAGCUGGCGCACAACGAAGCACCCAACUAUGACAAGUGUCGCACGUUUUUCCUCAAUGCUCUCAAGCAAAUGAAAGUGGUCAACAGUGGGGACUUGGACUUUAAACUGACGUCGCAGAACAACAGCAAUAACAACAAUAGUCCGCCAGCCAAAAAGGCAGGGACAUCGGCUUCAUUGGGACAGCGGAGCAAGGUUAAAAAAGAAGAAUCUCUGCUAAUAAAUUCCUCUUCAGAGGAUGAAGUCAUUGCCAGCGAUGAGGAAAAGGAUGCAAAAUACACGCCGCGCAGAAAGUUGGUGGCAGCUAAAGCAUCGCCAGCUUCUAGAUCCAAACCUACAAGAACCACGCCAACGCGCAAAGCGGCGCACAAGCCAGCUUCAGCUUCGCCCAAGAAACGCGAAGCACCACAAGCCACCUCGCCACAGCGUUCGAGUCCGCUCAAGCGAGCAAAAGUGGAAAGCAACGCCACUCCGAAAGCACAGGGUGCUAAUGCCAAGAUCAACUUUAGUCCAGCAGUUUCGCUGCGUAGCAGGCCUGGUAAGACGGUGAUCAAUGAUGACUUGACUCCACAGCCGCGCUCCAAUAAAACAUACGAGUUCAACUUCGAGUUGGAUGUCAGUAUGGAUGCCAAUGUCAUUGUGAAUGUAAAGCGCAAAAAGAAGGCGCAGGCAGGCAGCACCACUCCCUCUGGCAGCAACAAGACACCCUCUUCGCACAUCGCCGCGACGCCCAAAGGCAGCUCUCCAGCGACACGUAUUAAUCUGCGAAAAGUAAAUGGCGACGAGGGUACUAGUUCGCCAGCUCUGAACUCCACGCGGAGUCCACGCACGCCUGCAGUCACUCUGCGCAAGUAUAGGCGCUAAUUCCAUUAAAUUUUUUAUACAUAUAACUAUA